GGUGUGUUGAGGUGUCUUGAGCGCAUAGCAUACAGGGUGCCCGCCCGACGGACGAACGAGUCAUGCCACUGCUGCGUGCAUCUUCCCACACAGGCACGCACAGACACAGACGUAUCGUAUCUACAAGAUAGCUGAGGUCUGUACAGCCACACGCGCACCAGCUCUCUCUCCAAUAGCCAUUCAUCGCUUCACUCAUGUCUGCCUCUCUUGCCGCUCUCUGCCCAGGGCACUCUCCUGCUCUCUGCAAGCCGCCUCAUGGCCUGCGACACACCACCACGGCCACCACCACCAGCAGCAGCUCUCGAUGGCUCCUCCUCGAAGAGGCCCUCCUCAUCUGAGUCAUCGUCACGAUCCCCCCAAUGCAUUGGGUCGUUGGCAGGGCUGCACGACAGGUAGCAACACAUGCAGCGCACUCACCGCCAAUUCUCGUGUGUUUCCGGCUCAUGCUUACUCACCGUUCUUUGCCAGUGAUGGUUGCGGCACGGUCCACCUGUGUCUGAAAGGCCUUCUGAAGGCUCUGCAGGAACGAACACACAGUCGGGUCAAUCAACAUAGGACAGACCGUGGUGGUAGUAUGCCGCCUACCUUCAUCUCUUGCGCCAUCCGCCGCGCGUCGUGCUGCAUGUCGGCCGGCACGGGCGGCGCUGAUGGCGGCGCCGGGCUGUCGAGAUGGCACGUCGCGUCAAGCAGCUGAAGCCACGAUGUCAGACGCCUGAAUGAGAGCAGAGAGGACGUGUGUGCGUGAUUUGUGUGGUGUGUGGCAUUGCCGGCUGUGUUUCCUUCCUCUCGUACCGACCUGCUCCAUUUUCGCCUCCAUAUGCCGCAAUCCUCCUUCAUGCCCUCAAUCAGCACGUGUGCGCCCUCCUCCGGGUCAUCACCAUGCCCACUAUCAGCCAGAUCCACGUAGUCAUGCUGGAUGGCAGGCAACAGACAUAUGGCGCCGUCUGUGGGUCCAUUUAUCUCACUGACUGACCAGUCGUUUGAUGGCGUCCCUGAUAUCUCCUCUGCCCUGCGCCCACUCUCGCCCCACCCGCUGCACCACAUCACGCACACUCUCCUCACGCCGCCGCCUCGCCGCCUCAUGAGCUGCACGGGCGUCGGGCACAGCAAUCGUCGUGGCGUUCCUCAGAUACCUACACACACACACACACACACACACACGGACGGUAGACAGACGAGAGAGGUGGGGAGGGACACAGUGUGGUAUCUGCCUCUCUCUCCGACUCACUUGACGGCAUUGCUGAGUGCGGCGUGUGUGUGUCCGUAUCGCUCGUUCCACUCGACGAGCAUGGCUGUGGAUCUCUCCUGCAGCGACGUCCAUUUGGGGUCCUCACGCGCCCGCUUAUUAUGCGACGGCAUACCCUGAUGAAUCGGAUCCGUGAGAGAACGCGGCGAUACCAAAACACACACACAUACGCAUAGACACACACACACACACACACACAUGGGACAAGGGACAAACGAUCACACACAGACCGUGUUAGAUCUCACCCUCCGGUGCACACAGAGGUCCAGCCACGUCUUGAUGUCUUCACACACGACCGUGCGGAAGGCCGCUGACUUGACGAACAGCUUCUCAGUCAGAUCAAGCGCGGCGAGGCGAGAGGCCACGGAUGCCGAGGACAGAUGCGUCACCAGGAUCUGCCUGCACAGCACAGCCACAGCACAGCACAGCAGCGUGACAAAAUGGACCAUCUUUCCACGCCACUUUCCACGCCUUUCUCUCUGAUGUUUCCCACCAGGCGUCUUUCACGUUGCUAUCUUGGCGGAAUAGCUCCUUCAGCGUCCCCCAUCUCUCCUUCCUCACCUCCUCGUCUGCAACCCCUGGGAUCUCCCCAGACUCAUCCCGCCGCCGUUUUUUGGGCUUCUGGGCAGCGUGUUUCUGCCUGUUGAACAACAGGCCCUCGACGGUGACGGCCAGCGUGCUGUGAGCCUCUGCCGACAUGGAGUGCGUUUCC